AAAGAACGGUACAGCGAGAGAGAGAGGAGAGAGAGCAGAGGGCAGGGGUAAGGCGGAGGUUCCCCAGACACAGGAGCACACACACAAUAUACACGGGGAGGGGGUGGGGGGGGGUUGCUGGAGGGCGAGGGGGGACCCUGCAGCGCUCGGGGGACACAGCUCGCAGCACCGCAGCCAAGACUCUCUCGCAAGCCCUGGCAGGGCCGUGCCGGAGGAGCGGAAGAGGUUCGAGCAGUAGCUCUGGUUCGCGGCCAAACCUGCCCCUAGCUGCCCCGGCUCUGGAGCCCGGCGAGACCUGCCCGGGAGGAGCGGGGCCCUGCAGCCCGCACGCGAGGACGGGCUGCGCCUGGAGACCCUGCGCCCUGCCCUGCCUCGGCUGCUCAGCAAGAACCCGCGCGGCAGAGCUGCACCAAAGCCACUUGCCCCAACUCCCUCCGGGGACCCCCCCCGUCUCCCCUCGCUCACCGCCGGCAACGCGCUCGGGUCCCCCCACGGAGCCAGCGCCAACCAGCGCUCCCGGGCCGGUGGGGCAGAGCCCCGUCCCGGGACAAGAGGGAACGUCCUGGCAGGUUCCCGAGAGAGCGGGGUGGGGGGACGGGAGGGCCGCCACGCCACGUCACCCCGAGGAUGGAGGCCACAGGUUGUCACCGGACGGGGGGUCCGGGGCGCCUGGGCUGGUCCUCCCCUUGCACCCCGCCACGUCCGCCUGCCCGGCCCGCGCCCGGCGUGGUGGUGGGUGCAGGCUGUGGAGCGGGGCAGGGGACAGCCCGUCCCGUGGCACCCGGCUCGACACGGCGAGCCUCUGCGGGGGGACAAGCCCCGCCGCAAAGCAUCCCCGCCUGCUGCCCGCGCCGCUUGCCUUUAUGGCCUCCCCUGGCACAAACAAGAGCGCUGGGUACGCGGGGAGAAACGGACCUAACACCAGACAGGCCAAGGUGAUGGAGGACGAGUCCUUCGAGCGCCGGGAGCUGCUGGCUCUGCUCAUGCCCUGCUCUGGGUACCGGCACCCGCUCCUGGCUGCGGCCACCGAUGUGCCGCCGGCCGGGAGGGACGGGGUUGGGGGGGGGGGGGGGUCUGCCUGCAGUCUGUCCGUCCCGGCAGCCAAAGCGAGUGCGGCACCCCGAGCCCACCGCGGGGCUUUGGCCGCUGCUCCGUGGGGCUCCCGGGAGGGCUCUCAGCAGGGACCCACGUCCCGCGGCGGCUCAGGGGCCCGGGUGCUCCCGCAGCCCAAGUGCUGCAGCCCUGCCCGGGCGUGAGCGGGGAGGGGGGGGGCCGGUGGCACGGCGUUCCUGCCCGGGGGGGGAGCUCUGCUGAACACUCCUCGACCGCUCGUUUGGGUCAAGCAGCGGCAGUUCGCUUCCUCCUCCGAACUGACCCCCCCAAAACGCAACAGGGCUGCAGCUCCCCGGCGUCGCUGGAGGAACCGGCGGUCCGGGGGGCUGUUUGCACCGUGCCCCGCGCAGCCGGCACCUCUGCUGCCCUCCGGGCUCUGCCCUCCCGCCUCAGCCGGGGCUCCGGAGGGAGACCUGUCGCUGGCACCAGGAGUCCGAGGGCUGCAGCCAACGCCAGACACCGCUGCCACUCACGCCCCCCGAGAGCCGCGCUUCUGGGAGGGUAAUAAGCACUAACGAUGGCUCCGGGAUCAGCUGAACGCGAGCAUGAAGGUCUGUCUGUUCCUGGUCUGGGCUUAGGCACGUUUGCUCUUAUUUUCCUGCCACCUUGGCACAGAAAGCAAGAGGGUUAUGAAGAAGCAUGACGAUGAAUCACAUUUGGGAAACUCCGUCGGUACAGAAGAGGAAGAGCUGAACGACCUUGAGGGCUGCAGUACAAGAAACAGAACAAAAAGUGACAGAACAAAAUACAGCGUCCUGCUCCGAGGGCUGGCAGAGGGUCUCUGCUCUCUCCUGGAAGUGAUGGAGAGAAAGUUCUGGGUGCCUGGCGGGGGUGACUGGGAGGCACCGGUGGCCGUGGAAAGGCAAGAGGAGCACUGCAAGCUCGGAGGUGUGUAUUCUCACGGCUGUAAGGAUGCGCUCGUGUCACCAUGGGAAACACCGCUACGCUCUCGUUUGACAUUCUGGGCACAGCUCUGGCCACUCGCGUUCAAGAAAGGCAAACGUGAACAGAACGGCUGCGGACACGGCAGCCGGCGGGCCAAAGGCUGGCGGGACCGGCUCGCGGUGGGGCAGGGGGGGAAGCUGCUGUCCCAGCCUGUGGAAGGAGAGAGAACUGAGCUGGAGGGUGGAUGCCCCGCGGCUGCCCGGCUGCAGGGGCCCUGCCAGCGGCGGGGGUGCAGGUGCCCAGAGACCCGCAUGGCGGGCGGGCUGUGCUGCCAGGCCUCCCUGGCUCUCUUUCUGCCUUGUUGGGUGGCUCACGGGGCCGGGAAGCCGGCUGGGCCUGCCCUCGGGGCACGGAUCUGCUGGGGCCACACGGGGAUCAGCCGUGCGCCCAAGCUCCCCCGGCGGCGUUUCCCCGCGUGGCUGCCGUGUCCUUGCAGCGAGGAGCCAGGCAGGCCCUUCGGGGCACGGCCGGGCAGCAGGCGCAAGCGCAGGUCUGUUCCCCUCCGCAGGGCACUGCCUGGCUCGGUGCAACGUGCUGCUGGCAGCUCGCUGCUGGCUCUCAGCACCUGCAGCAGCGCUGCUGCAGCCAGCCCCAGUCGCCGACGUGCUGGCCAGCCCUGGGAGCUGACUUCACCACCGGCCGUCGCUCCGAUUGCUCGGUCACAGGCGCUUCACCCUGCUUGGAAGCCGGGUGAGUUUUUCUCGAUGCGACCAGUCACAAGUGGCUCUUCAGCACAACGUCCCUUCCAAGCACUCCCCCGUUACGCACAGCGGCACUACCUGCUCACAGGGGUUUUCCUGGAUCACCGCUCUGCUCCACCGCAGGCUCAUGCUGGCGUAUCCCACGUUUUGCCCGAGGAAUACGCGGUGGCAGAGAUGUGUGCCAGCCAGCUUUAGUCCAAGCUGAGGCCACGUUUUAGGAUGCUGCUGUCGAGGACUUCAGCUUUGUCGGCUCUCACGAACACCAUGGCGUUGUCCACGUCUCCUUUAGGCAACGCCAAGUCAAUGCAGCUGGGGAGCUCAAUAAGAAAAACUAAAUGCUUUCUUCACUCUCCAUUUCUGGCGGUGCUCCGGAUGGGCCUGGGAGGGCCAGCAGCCCGGAGACGGUGGGUUUGCUGGUUGCCACAGGUUUCUCUGUGCGUCGGGACACGGCAGCUCUAAUCACCGUUGUAGGUUUGCCUUCAAGCUCGUCUCCUCUGCGCACGUGAAAUCCAGGUUCUGGCAGGUCUCAAGCCCCGUCCCGCGGAGCUCGGUGGUGGCAGUCUGUCCGCACCAGCACCACCCAUGGGUCAGCUGCCUGGACUGCUUCUUCAGCGCAGCCAGAAAAACUAAUCUUGAGAGACGCAGAAGACAAGGCCUGAUUCUUGCACCACUUUCCACCAGUGCACACAUGGAGCGGAGGGGAAUCAGCAGGGAGGGAGACCCGGCCUCACGGGAAGCAGUCUCCUAAGCAAAGAAACACCAGCUUGGUGAAAAAGGAAGUUCUAACCGAGGAAAGGAUUAUGGAUUUGUUGGACAGCUAAUGAAGCCUUCUGGGAAUACUUCUACUGAAGGUAUUAAAAAGCAGAUUCCUUGAAUGAGUCACUAAUGGAUGAGGAUUCUUCCUUUGAACUCUGUAUCUCGGUCCAAAUUUCUUCAAGAGUAGCAAAGGCGAGGACAGAUUCAGCAACAGUGGUAACGCACUGCUGAUCGCCCCAGAGAAAAGUGCUUGGCUUCUGCUCUGCAAACCUUCCACGUGGCGGCUCUUGGCUUCCAGGUGCUUUCACACCAGCCUUCAAAAGCAUCUCUCUUGCUUUUCAGCGGAACUGCAUGAAGGACGCACGUCCUGUGAGGAACAGCCUUCCCUACUGACGAGUGAGGCACGAGACUGCUCUCGUGACUCUCCAUGGGGCUGCGGCGCAGAGCUCGGCACGACGCGUGCCCACGGCCAGGCCGUGCUUUAGGGACAGCCCUGGAGACGGAUCCUCCCUCUCCUUGCCCCAAGUGUAGACGGACACUUCGAGGCUUCCGUCCUGGAACGGUGCACGCACAGAUGUCGUGGCACCUCCACAGUCCCCAUUCUGAGAAGCUCUUUGCCUUCCUGAAAUGCCUCAUGAGGACUGUCCCCGAGAAGGGAGGACGAAGGGGAGGGGUGCAGGAAGGAAAGCAAGUCUCUCCGGUUGGGCCCCGACGGCAAAAAUCGGAAGCGCCUGUGCUCCGCGUCGCCGCGGGCAUAACGCAAGGGCCGGGAGGACCCAACUCCCCCGCGGGAGCGGCCGCUCUCAGGCGCUGCCCGGCGGUGGGGGGUGCCCGGGGGGCCGCGCUGCCCACCCUGCCUGCGCCCAGCCUGCGCGCCGCCCACCCGAGCCGCCUUUCGGCCGGGGCUGGGCAGGGGGUGCCGGCCCCUUUCGGAAGGUGGAAGGGAAAACGGCUCUCCACAGAGCCCCGAGGGAGGCCUGGGGAGCGGAGGGCCACCAGAAGCCUCGCGAGGAAGGGCCGGGAGAGCCGGGGGCUCUGCCCGGGACGGGGCAGCGCCGCAGCCGCCCCGGCGCGACGGCGCGCGGCACCGGCGGCGGGCAGGGCUGCGCUCCGGGGAGAUGGCUGAGCCGGCCUCAGCGACCGCGUGCCAAGCCGCUGCUCUUCCUCAGCUGCCAAACUUCGGCAAGGAAUUUGUUCGGGGCUCUCAGCGGAAGAAUCCACAGAGAGCUUAGCCCCAUAAAUAAGGCCCACAGGGAAAAAGGGUGCCCCACAGCGCACGAGGCUUAUCGGAAGAACUACUGAGAACAAGGUUUUUUCACCGAAGGUGAUCUAGUUCCUUGCCGUCAUUUUUGCUUAGGAUUCUAUUAGUGCAGCCGGCGCUUUCAUUAGGGAAGAUAAAUCUGGCACUUCUCAGUUCUCCGCUUUCACAGGAGAAAAAGCAAAGGGAUGCUGUGAGGGAACACCUGAAAACUGACAGAAACAAGUGGGGGUUAAUUGUGCCCAAUGUACCGGCCCUCCUGAUGCAGGGCAGGAACUCCACCAGCGUCUGGAGGGCCGGGGAGGCUGAAGAAGCCCUGGAAGAGUUCCUCUUCGGACGAACACAAGAAUGAGCAAAGCAGGAGAGAACUCUUAAUUCUGUGACUCUAAGGGCUGCUACACCUCUUCAUGGAGUCUCCUGAGCAGGAAAAAGUGCAGAACCUACGGGCAGUGCUUACGCGUGAAAUCCUGCGAGUCAGGCAGCUCGGUCCUAUGGCUCAGGGUCUGCGGCGACCGGGUACCUCAGGCUCAGCUCGUGCGUUCUUGGCACACGCUGGACUUAAAAUGCACAGGCAGCUCAGCAGUGCUGACCACGUGCAACCGGUCUAAUGUUUCCCAAAAGAGCUUUUGCAGGGGUCAGAGACUUUACGAAGGGGCCCGGCAACUGCACUGUGCGUGAGCAGUAGAGCUGAUGGUUUCCGAAAGCAGCCGAGGUACUGCACAAACGCCGUGUCAUCAGCUCGUACCUCCGUGCAUGGACCAGCUCCGCUGCAGCCGCGGCGCAGCAGCUCGGGCUGGCGUGCCACCUGCCUAGGAAUCCCAGAUAAACUUCCCAAAUCUUCAGAUUCUGCCCAGAAGACAUUUCCACUGGAAAGCCCCUCGAGCUGUCGUGGCAACCGACACGCUUAGGUCUAAGCCUGAUACGUGGCACGUGGCAGCCCACGCCCGGUGCCCGUGUCGGCUUGCAGCCACGGUCCUGGUGCUCAGUGAGGUGGCGGCUGUAACACCCCAGGAGCUCCUGUCUUCGAGGGGGAGGACCCAGGGAACGGCAGGCCGGGCAGCCUCACACCAACCCCUGGGAGGGCGGUGGAACAAAUCAUCCUGGAAACCCCUUCCAAACAGACCGAGGACAAGAGAGCGACUGGGAGUAGAGAGCACGGCUUUACAGAGGGGGAACCGUGCCUGGCCAGCCUGGCAGCCUUCUACGAGCCAGUGACUAGGCUGGGGGGUGAGGGACGAGCAAGGGAUUUUGUUUAUCCUGACUUAGCAAGGCUUUCAAAAGCGCAUUGCGUGACGUCCUCACUGACAGACGGGUGAAGUGGGCGCAGGACAAGUGGCAGGUGAGGUUGAUGGGGAACCGGCUGAAGGGCAUGAAGUCCAGCUGGAGGCCAGCGACCUGUGGUGGCCACAACCCCCGGGGGUUGGUACUGGGGCCAAUACCUCAUUAGAUACCUGGAUGAUGGGGCAGAGGGUACCCUCAGCAAGCGGACGUGACACACAGUUUUGUGCAGGUGACACGGGACGGAGGAGGGGCUGACACACCACACGGGUGUGCUGCCCCUCAGAGCGGCCCCGACCGACCGGAGGAACGGGCCAGCGGCAAUCCCGCCAAGUUCAUCAAAGGGAAAGGCAAAGCCCUGCACCCGAGAAGGUGGGAACAACCCUGCCCACCAGUAUAUGCCGGGGCCUGACCAGCUGCGAAGCAGCUUUGCAGAGAAGGAGCUGGGGGUGCCGGCAGACACCGGGUUGAACGAGGCAGCCACGUCGUGCCCCGGCAGCAGAGGCUGUGGGCGUCCUGGGCUGCACUGGCAACGGCGUUGCCCGCAGGCCGAGGGAUGUGAUCCUCUGUGCCCAGCACUGAUGGAGCACACCUGGAGUACCGUGUCCCGUCCUGGGCCCCCCCGUAUGAGAGACAUGCACUUACUGGAAUGAGAGACCCAGAGGAGGGUCAGGAAGGUGAUGAAGGUAUUGGCCACAGAAGCAGAGCCUGACGGAGCUGGGGCUGCUCAGCCCGGAGAAGAGAAGGUUCAAGGGGCCCUAAUCAGAGAUCUGGUGGGGGGGAGUAGAGAAGACGGAGCCAGACUCUUAGUGGUGCCCAUGACAGGACAAGAGGCAACAGGCACAGACUGGAACACAGGAGAUCCCAGCUGAACACACAGAAUCCCUUGUUCCCUGCGAGGGUGACCGAGCGCUGGCACAGGUUGCCCAGGGGGGUGGUGGAGUACCCGUCCUUGGCGACGUGAAAAACCCGACAGGACAAGGUCCUGGGCGCGCUGCCUGGGGGGGCCCCGCUUGAGUAGGGGGGAGGGGGGAGGACCAGGGGAGCUCCAGAGGCCCCUUCCCACCUCAACCGCUCUGCAGGACUGCGGAGGACCAGCGCAGACCUGCCACCAGCCAACAGCAAACGCCCCGAUGAGAAAGCAACGACGUGCAGGAGCCCGUUACCCCAGGUCACGCCUCUGUGAGGCUCAACGGGAGAGCGCUUGAGCCCAAGGGCCUGCCUUCCUCAGGACCCUCCUCCAGACCUUUCUGCCAGCGUCCUCGACCUUCUCCCGUGCACACGCAGCGAGCAAACAGCAGCCUAUUCCUGCAGCACCAUCAGCGCCCGACUUCCCCCGCCAGUCCCCACCACUUCAGCAGCAGCCUUCCCUCCUCACUGCCCGCGGCACGCUGGAGUCACUGCCAGCAUCGGACGGUCACAGCCCACGGGGACUGUGCCCUCAGCUGCCCAUCCCUACGUUUAUUAGCACUGAACUUUCUCUGCUCCCACGCAAGUCACUCAUUCAGCUUGGCCAGUUUCCCUCUAGCUCUUCACUGUCCUCUCUACAUCUGAUGUCCCCCAAGACUUCAUGUUUUCUGAAAAACAUGAAUUCCCCAUAAGCAAUUAAUAAACCUAUUAAAUGAAAUGGGACCCUCCUACAAAACACCUGUCUGCUAUUACACUUUGUGCACAGUGAAGAGUGACAAGCCACUUCUGCUCUUCAUUUCUGGUAUUUUUUUGCUCUGUAAAACACGUCCAGACCGAAGUCUUUCUCCCGGCUCUGACAGAAUUCCUCACUAUGAAUACCCCCUCUCCUACGCCUCUGAUGCCCGGCUCCCCACCCGCAGGCGGGGGCGAGGGCUCUGCUGCUGCUCCCGAGGGGCAGCUGCCAGAGCACACACACACCCGCCGGCCCAGAGCGCCGAGCGUGGACCGAGGGCUCCCUGGAGCCGAGCACGCCGCCGCCAGCCCCGGCCAGGACAGCAAAGCACGACCAGGCCACCUCCCUGCCUGGCCAGGGGAAGGCCCAGGAACCCGACGCGCCCCCCGCGUCGCUGGCAGCGCACCGAGGGUCAGUCCCCAGACGGGAGCAGAGAUUCUCGGGGCAGCGAGAAGCCCGCCCGGGGCAAAGCUCCCUGCCCGAAGGCACCGACACACCUCUGCACCGGGGACCGCUCAGCGCCAGUGUCUCCCGCACCCAUGUCUCACCGGGCCACCCCUUUCUUUCAGAAGAACAAGCAGGGGAGAGAUUUUUGCUUCUACAUCGGGGAAGUGAUGUCCUUCUAGAUUUCCUCAGUCUGCUCGGGACCCGACUUCCUCCUGCUUAUUCCAAGGGCAGACAAGGGAAGAAGUCCUAGCACUGGCACAGAUUCAGCAUCUUCCUUGACACUGGGGAUGACGAAGAGGUGGGAAAGCUGAUGCCUACAGCGUAAGCAGCAACUGAACGCGUAGCAACCGACGGCGUGAAUCAGGCCAGCUCCGUGCUGCUGUUUGGGUGCCCAGCAAGAGGCCCUCAUUUAACAACACAAGUUCUUAAUAAACGCUAAUGCCAGAUCCUGUAGGACCAGCGAAGUUUGCAGCUCACACGUAGGACUGCAGGACGGCAGCGCAGCGACGGGGCUAGCAGCUCCACGAGCACGGGCACUACGAGUGGGAGAACGCUUUGCAGUACAGCUGCAGGCAAUGACUUUUAAAGAACGCAGAAAGGUAUGCCGUCGCUGAAGCCGUGACUUCCUACGUGCCGUGGCGUGGGGCAGCGACUCCUGAGCUGCUCCGGGCUGCGCUGCACGGGCAGCACCGGGCCGGCUGUCUGGGGUGGGCUGGAAGCGGCCGUUACGGUCAGGAGAGCCGUGACCCACCGCAACGGGUCCCGGCAGCGCGGGCAGGACCAGCUCAGCUGGCCUGGCACGUCGAGAGGAAGAUGAGGGUCGGGGAACGCCAUCACGCACAGGAAACACCAGCUGCGGAACGCUCUGCACGGCCUAGCAGGGACAGGAAAAGGAACAAAUCCAUGGAAGGCAAAGGCAAGCAGACAUGAAAGGGAAAUAAGGCACGCGAGUUGGGUUGGAAGAUGGCGUGGGCCCGGCUGAAGCAAGGCGAGACCCGUCCUCUCCAGGGCUGGGUGCCUUCAAAGCCCAGCACUCGGCUCGGGGUGCCCUUCUGGGAGAUGCCCCAAGAGACAAACAGUGGGAGCCCGAAGCCCUUCUCACCCGAGGGAGGGGCAGCUCAGACGGAGCCGGAGGAAGCGGCGCGAGGUUUAACGAGUGAUUUCCUGGAUUCCUGUCGAAUCACUUUAAGCAGAGUAUGAAAAUCCGCUUCAGAGAGCCGUGGUGAUUGUCGCUGCUUUGCCUCUCUAUGGGAGGACGAAGCUGAAGAUCUAAGCAAGAGGAUGGUAUCACUGAUGACGCUGUUGCUCCUGCUACUAUUCAUUUCCCCUCUCAUAACGGUUUUUCUCUUCUUCACUCCAUAUAAAUUCCGCCGCGUGGGAACAGAGCCCACCCCUGCCAGUGUGCCACUGAUGGAAAAGGAGCCAAGAACUUGUGACUCUUCCUUGAGCUGAUGUGGGGGUGGGGGGCAGGACAAGGUGGGGAACGCUGGCUGGUGCCUGGCUGGUGGAAGGAUGAAGCUGCCACCCCGAGGCUCCGGGCUUCGCUGCAGAGCAAGGUGCGACCCGAGACUGAGAACUGAGCGGGCGCGGUGCUGGAAGGACGAGAUUCACCACGGCCUGUCCCCUCCCCAGUACCGCAGUGCCCUUCUUAUGGAGAGUUCCCACAUCAGCCUGUCAUGGUCAGAUGAGAGCAAAUUGCACCUUUGCUGGUUUUGGUUUUUUCUUCACUCUUCCAAACUGUGUCUAAGACUUCAUCCCAAUAAAAUACAGAGGCUGGAUUGGGGAAAAAGCCAGCCAGCCGUGAAAACCCUGGAGGUGUCCUCCCUUCUGCGGCCUCUCAACAUAAUGUCUCCUUCCUGUUUCAAAACUGCCUUUUUUCCUCCCUCACUCCGUAGUUUCCCUGUUCCCUCCGAUCAAGCUUCUGCAGCCAGAACAGUAGUCAUUCUUGCAGUUCCCUGCGAGAACAUUUUCCUCUGACCUCAGCAGACUAACUGACCCUCCCAGCUCACCGCGCUGUCCUACGAACUCGAGCAGGACCCGUCUUGGGUGUCAGAACAGCCUGUCCCACCUUGUCCGGAGCUCCUGGCUCAGGGGCACAGGCGGCUGGGCUGAAGCAGAGCCUCUGAGCUCCGCAGCCCUGCACAGAGGGUGGAGUGGUGAGAGCCACCGGCUGCUCGCAGGGCUGUGGCACUGGGUGCCCAGCAGACAUUUACUGGGCCCCUGGUAGCACCUAAGGGCUCAGGAGUGACGUCCUAGUCCAAAAAGUGCCCUGGAAAGAAGGACUCGGGACUCGUCCUACUUCUUGUUCCUUGCUGGUCUCAGAGGAGCUGGGGGAGGGCACGUUUGCGUCGUGUUCUUUCAGCUCCUGAUUCCCAGCGCUGAGCUCGGAGAGCCGAGCCCCCGGGGGUGGGCACCGCGCCGGCCCCGCGAAGCCCUGGGGACGUCACCGCCUGCCCUGACCGGAGCGUGCGGGGGGAGCACGGUGCCCACCGCCAGCACUACGGGCAAGAGGAGCGUGGCGUGAGUUUGGGAAACCCUGGGCUUGCCGGGAUGGUCCCCUGAGGCUCGGGCAGGGCAGAGGCACCGCGGCUGCCGGACACCGAGGGUUCAGCCCCAUUGCUUCCCUUCAGACCCAGGAAAGGGAAUGCCACGGACAACUAAAAACCUGAGCCUGGGCUACAGGCUCGGCUUUCUGCCCGGUGCCUGUGCUGGGUGGGGUGGGGGGCUGAGCACCCAUCACCGGGCCCCGUGCCGGCAGCGCUGCCCGAGUCCCGGAGCCUGUGCUCCGCCACGCACCGAGGAAAGCCGCUCGGAAGCUUUACAUUUUAGCUGACAAAUUUUGUUGCAGGGACCAGCGACCACAGUCGGCAGCGAAUGCCUGGCCCCUCGUCGGGCUAGCAGCGGGGGAAGGCGGCCUGCCGGCGCUGCGGCUGUGGUGGCACAGGGUCAUCUGCGGGGCCAGAGAACAGCUAACGACGUACACAGAGCUACCGCCGCGCUUCUAGCCAGCAGCAAGCGCUUGUGCGUCUCAACUGGCAGUGCCUCAGAUCUCUUGUAGGACUGAGCCUCCUUGCUUGUGCACCCCAAAACCACCCCGGGUUUACAGCACCCCUCCCUUCCAGGGAAUUACAUGCAGAAACUUGCGCUAAGAGAAUAUUAAAUGCGCUCAGCUAAGCGGGCACCUGUGAAAACCAGCACGGAUUGCACAUCCAGCUUCAGCGCUGAUCCUUUUGGACCAGGACAGCAGCUAACUCUAACCCUGACCCUAAGCCUAACUCUAACCCUAAGCGUAACCCUAAGCCUAACCCUAACCUCAGCCUGACUUCUUCAGGCAGCAACUGGGAACACCGGCACCGGCGCGGGGCCCCGGGCAGAGGCAGAGCCUGCCGAUCCCCACCGCAGCCCCCUUGCACGCUGAGCUCGGCUCCCAGCAAGGGCUCCCUCGGCCGCGGGGAGCGUGGGGGGCACGCAGCCCCUGGCAGCCCCCCGGGCACGGGCAGGGGCCGCAGCCCGCAGGAAAGCCCCAGCCAAGGCCCCGAGGCGUUCCUGCUCCCGUCUGCGGCCGCGGGCCCCUCGUCAGGGCUGCACGCGGGGCUGGACGGGGCGGCCGCGGCUCACGCUGCAGUGGGGCAGGGAUGCUGGGCGCGGGAGAAACAAUGCCCGAAGCUUUCGCGCAAACAGGGCUGUGCAACGGGGAGGAAACAUCAGCUGACGGUCACGGCCGGUCAGAUGGUGCUGGACGGGAGCAGGCACUGCCAUUGUCUGAACCGCUGGCUCAGCGGACCGGGGACGAGCCGGCGCCCUUUCAGCGCAGCCAGCCACCGUCCCCGAGCGGUUCCUGCCCAGCUGGUGCUGCCACUGGGGCUGCUGGGCUGGGGGCAGAGACAGACCGAGCCCAGCGACUUGGCCCCGUCCCGCGCCCGGCAGCACAGAGCCCGGCGCUGAGCCACGUGCCCGCAGUGCCAAGACGGGCGGCCGGUCUCCCCCGGGUGCAACCCCGACCACGCAGACGCUCCGCGACACCAGCAACAGGACUGAAUGCGUGAAGACACGGGCAGAGGCAGCGACACGAGCACCCUCCCGCCGCCGACCACACGCAAACGAAGCAAGAUCUGCGGUGCGGCACCUGCGGCACGAACCCCGCUCUAGCCAGAGCAGCGCUCCGCCUUGGGCAGACCUAGGGGCUCUACGACCAGAAGGACCCAAGUGGGCCAGAUGGUUUCCGAGUGUCCCACACCUCUGCCUAACCCAGCCGCGUGCUACAGCCCGGGACUGGAGCAGAGCAGGUCCCCGGGGAAGGCUUCUGCACCAGCGGCGGUGCGGGGCAUCGGGCAAGAGGAGUGUCCUAGCGCUGCCGUUCUGCUCUCCCGGGACUGGCCCUGUCCAGCUGGGCACUGGGAAGGGGACGCAGACUUGGAAAUUCAGCACUCGGCAGAAAAUGACAAGUCAAGUCAAACAUGAGACUGCCCAGAGCUCUGCGUGGGCUCCGGGGUUGCGUUCACACGUGGAAGCGACACAGAUGUGGGUAGCUAGUUUCAUACAAGCUACGGGUAAAAAAAAAAAACAGGACGGACAGACAAACACGGAAGAAGCACAACCAAGACCACACAGCUGGCCAUGCACACUGGGGAAAUUCGCCUGGUGGGCACCCAGCCCAGGGGCACGUGCCACAGCCCAAACCCUCCAGAGCCCACCCAGGCUGGAGGGUCACCUCCCGGGGGAAGGCUCCCGCCUCUCAGCCCAAGGGACCUCGCGCAGACUGGAAUGGCCUCGCAGGGUCUGCCUGGUCCAGCCCGGUGAACGCACACAGCUCAUCAGCCACGGGCCUGGGAGGGGAGCCCAGCAGCUCUGGUAGCAACCGAGACCUGCUGGGGCCAGGGGCCAAGGAGCCCUGCUGGGGCCAGGGGCCAAGGAGCCCUGCCUGCAAGGACUCCUCCAGCAGCAGCCGUUAGCCAGUUUGGGAGAAGGGGUGGGGGUCAGGUCUCGGUACCCUGAUUUCCCUACAGCUGUCUCACUUGCCCGUGGUUUAAGGUUGUGCCACCAGUGGCUUCCCUGGGGACACCACAGUCGCCCACUGUGUCACCGGGCUGGAGCUCCUGCGGCUCUGGGGUGCCUGCAGCCCUGCCCUGCUGGUCUCCCCCGGGCCCCCCCUCCCCGCUGGGCGCUGACCCCCAGCCUGGGACGGCUGUGUGAGCUCAGGGUAGCAGGAGCGUGACUCACUGCCUCAUGGAUUUUUUGCUCCAGAGGGUGACCGAGGGACGCCGCGACUGGGAAGCCAUGAGCCUGUGGGAAGGGGGGGGGGUCUUGUGCAUCGGUUGCGUGGGGGGAGCUGCUGGGGCUCGGAAAAGGGACGUUGGCUCCUGGAGCGGCAGCCAGCUCGGUCGCCCCACCGCCAGGGUCCCUCCCCACCCGUGCUGGGGCCCCCUCCCCAUGGGGACGAGAUGCGCCAAGGGGGCCGUGUCUCUGCACGGCCCUUGCUGGGUGUCCCCGGGGCAGCCGUGACGGGGCGGGGAGGGGGGGACACACACCACGGUAGGAAUCCCGUGGAAGCCCGAGGGAAUUUCCUCAGUCGUCACCUACGAGAGCAGCACACGACAUCACAGCACAGGGACACGGACAUGCUACCGGGGCACAGCGGGGCGGCAAGGGGUUGGGGACACACACGCCAGCCCCAGCGCCGCCGCCCGCUCUCGGCCAGCCGCGACGGCGGGAGAGCGGGGAGCGGGGCCGGCAGGGGCGCGGGGGGCCGAGGUGAGUUCGCUAUGGGAUGGGAACAUGCU